CGGCAGAGGAAAAGCAGUCAACCACAUAAAGCCUAUCUCUCUCUCUCUCUCUCUCCCUCUCCCCCCUACCUCGGAGCAACGGUUUAAACCAACCCUUCUCUCUCUCUGUCUCUCUCUCUCUUUCCCAAAUUCGCUCCAUACCAAAGAAAGAAAAAAAUGGCGGUUCAUAUUCACAACCCUAACGUUUUCCACACUCAUCAACGCCGAUUAUCUCAUACCUCGUCCUCUGCAUCACCUGCUUCAUAUCUCUUUUGCAGACACUCACAUGCAAAAUAUCCCCGAUUCAUCUGCAAAUCUAAUAACCAAGAUGACUAUCUCAUUGAUGCUCCUGUUUCUGUUGGAGAUGGGUUCUCGUUCAGUGGAGGUUUAUAUUAUAACCAUUUACUUCAUUCUAUCUUUUUUCUUAUUAAUUGGAAAAAUAUCGUUUUCAUCGCAGGAAAGUAUUCAGAUCAACCAAGUCCAUCAGAUGAAUGGUUAAAGCAAGGAAAAUGGGUUAAAGCUCAUCGAGUUGGUGGAUCUGGUGUAGAAGCUAAAGAUCCGAUUUUCGGACUCACAAUGGGAGCUAGCUCUCAAGCUUCAAAAGAUGUUUUCCGAUGGUUUUGUGUAGAAUCAGGGAAUCUAGACAGUCCUCCUGUUAUAUUGAUCCAUGGAUUCCCAUCUCAGGCUUACUCUUACCGGAAAGCCCUUCCCGUGCUUUCAAAGAACUACCGCGCCAUUGCUUUCGAUUGGCUAGGUAACUUUUCACCUGAAAACGUUUCUUUGUUAAAGACCCACUUGCUGAAUAUUUUUAUGACAGGAUUUGGAUUUUCUGACAAGCCUCAGGCUGGAUAUGGAUUCAACUAUACAUUGGACGAGUUUGUUUCGUCACUUGAAUCAUUCAUUGAUGAAGUAACUACCAGUGAGGUGUCACUUGUCGUGCAGGGUUACUUCUCAACUGCUGCGGUAAAGUACGCAAGAAACAGACCAGAGAAGAUCAAGAAUCUCAUACUCUUGAAUCCUCCUCUUACUCCAGAACAUGCUAAACUUCCAUCAACCUUGUCUGUAUUCAGCAACUUUUUGCUAGGGGAGAUAUUCUCUCAGGAUCCUCUAAGAGCUAGUGACAAGCCUUUGACGAGCUGUGGUCCUUACAAAAUGAAAGAAGACGAUGCAAUGGUUUACCGAAGACCUUAUCUUACCUCAGGUUCUUCUGGUUUUGCCCUUAACGCCAUCAGCAGAGCCAUGAAGAAGGAGCUUAAGGGCUAUGCAGAAGAGAUGAGGACAUCACUGAUGGAUAAAAACUGGAAAAUCCCGACCACCGUGUGCUGGGGACAACGAGACAAGUGGCUAAGCUAUGAAGGAGUUGAAGACUUCUGCAAGUCUUCGGGACAUAAACUCAUCGAACUACCAAUGGCUGGCCAUCAUGUACAAGAGGAUUGUGGAGAGGAGCUUGGAGGAAUAAUCUCAAGAAUCAUAAGCAAAGCUGCUCUUCCCUAACUGGAGCUACUCCACAAGAAGAUUAAAAAAACGUAAAGAGUCCUGAACAAACAAUUUGUAAAAACUCAGCUUUAUUUCACAAUCUUGUGUACUUCCUGUGGUACAUAUAUAAGUCACCAGUAAUAUUUUUUCUCUAAACUUUGAGGCUCUAUAAAGUGGGAGAUAGAAAAAUCCACAUAAAUCUCCGGUUCUCAAGUACAAAUUUGUAACAUCCUAGCUACAUGUAUACCUCCAGUAAUUGGUA